UUGCUUCCAACACGGUCACACUACGCGCCACAUUAUCAAGUUAUAAACUUUCCGCAACCGUUCAAUUCGUAAACAUAUUCCGUUGGAGCAAUAACAGAUAUUUUGAGAUGGCUGGCGACCUGGAUUUUGACACAAAGAAUGGAAUUGUGAGUGGGCAAACGCCACGGCACUCUGAACUGGCGGCCCUCUAUAAGCAGAGCUUUGCUUACUACACGUUCCGUGUGCGACUGCCCUCGACCUUGGCCACCAUCGCGGAUUCCUUGGCCAAGGACAAGGACGUCCUGCUGGCCAAAUAUGGUAAAGAUGCGGCGGCCGAUAUUGAACAAACUACAAAGGGUGUAAAUCAACUGCGGGAAGACAUCCUGAGCAAUGGUCCUUUGUUGCCCUUUGAGGGACUGGAUUCCGACACUAACCUGUGGAACACAUUCCUGGAGAAACUUCCCAAGGAGAAAAGGACAUACUUCUCCGCCUGUUGGCUUUACGCCGAGUGCUACAUGUACCGCAAAAUCUCAUCAAUUUUCCGGGCCACGGCACAUUUGGCGGCCCACGACUAUUUUAGUCAACAAAAGCAGACGGCGGCUAAAUUAAGUGUGGAUGCCAUGCUGGCGGUGGCCAAAGCAACCCGGAAAAAUGAACGAAACUCGGACACCUUUCGGCAGCUAAUUAAACUGAAUCUGUGGGGCAACCGCUGCGAUCUGUCCAUCACCUCCGGGAAGCAGGUUAAGCCCACUGGCAAUGCCUUUGACCAGGUCACGGAUCUGGAGGAGAAGCUGCUGAUUGACGGCACCGAGGAGGUGUGGAAAACCCUCGAUGGAGCCUCCGGCGAAGGCAUUGUGGACAUCAUUUUUGACAAUGCCGGAUAUGAGCUGUACACGGAUCUUAUCCUGGCCGAGUAUAUCAUCGACAAGGGAUUGGCCUCCAAAGUCCGGUUCAACCCAAAGGCCAUUCCUUGGUUUAUAUCUGACGUAAUGGAGCACGACUAUCACUGGACCCUGCAAUUCUUGGCCGAGCAUCCUGAUUCAGCAUUAAGUGAGGUGGGCAAGAAGUGGCAGCGUUUCACGGAAGAAGGAAAGUUCGAGCUUGCGCCACUGGAAACCUUUUGGACGAGUCCUUAUGAAUUCUAUCGCAUGCCAGAGGUUAACCCUUCACUUUACAACCGGCUAAAAGAGGCUCAGUUAGUUAUCUUCAAGGGUGACCUUAACUAUCGCAAGUUAUUAGGGGACUUUUCGUGGGACAGCACGGAGUCCUUUGAAACCUGUCUGAGAGGCUUUCGCCCAUCCAAUCUCUGCACUCUGCGUACGGUUAAAGCGGAUCUGAUCUGUGGUUUGGCCGAUGGUGUGGCGGAGCGACUUUUUGCCAAGGACAAGGAGUGGAUGUUGACCGGCGAAUACGGCGUUAUACAGUUUGCCAGCAAGUAAAGCAUACAAUUUUGGACGAGGACAAACAAUAGUUGAAUUUUUGUAGUCAUAAUUAAUAGCUUAAUUGUUAAAAAUUUAAGUGGAUUUUGCUAGAGGCGGAAAGGUAUUGUAGAUAGGUUGAAAGGUAUAAAAAUUCCUACAAUUUCCUUUUGUAUAUUGAAUUACGAUUUCUUAUUGUUCAUUUGCUCAUUAACCACAAUUUUUUUAACGUUACAUCGUAAAGUCCGUCUCUAGCUAUAUAUCCACUUAUUUUAAAGCCUUUUGCAUUGUUAACAAAGCACACACACUCACCUUAUGAAUGUCAGUUGCCCGGGGGGCAAUUAAAAAUUAGUAAAAUCUAAA